AUGAAGCUGCAAAAUCUUUUUGCACUUUUCGUCCUCGCUGUCGAUGCAUCUGAGAUUUUCCCCCCUUGCCAGAAACAUGAUUGCGUCCCUUCCGGGGUUUACACAGCACCCGGAAUAGGGUUCGGGCUCUCCUUUUCCUCUGGGACUGCGGCGGCACAUCUCCACAAUGGUACUGUCUUGGAUCUCGCUUUCGUCCGCGCCAAACCAGACUACACCGCGCUCAUGGCUCGACUUAUCGCUUUACCGGAGGCUCCCCCUCCACUGAACCGAUGGAGGAAAUGGCGCAGGUCUAUCAACAAGAAGCUCAGGAGGCCGGCAACACCAGACGUCGGCACCUUGGCAGAAAUGCUUACCUCCCUUCGUGACGCUGCCACUACCGCUCUGGCUCCUAUCAAUCCGCUCGAUAGGGUCGUUGUAACAACUCCACCAAUGCCAGGCCUCGCAGACUACGAUCUCAUAGACGCUCUUGAGUACGCUAGUCUGCGACCUUGGGUGUGCUCUGACUUCUGCGAAGAACUACCCUACGCAGACCCAGGUUUCCCUUUCGGGCCAGGGGUAGGAUACCCUGAAGAGCUGACCGAGGCACAUGCUGUUAUGGCGGGUCAUGGACUUGGUCUAUGCGAGGACUACGACAACUUGGACCUUUGCUUCAACGAAGAGCAAUCUAUGCCGCUGGAAAAGGUUAUGGUGGUAGGGCUCACUGAGACGGACUUCCGGGCCGAAGUGAUGAAGACACAGGGGUCAUUUCCAGAGUUCCCGGAUAUUAUCUAUGGGUUUGUGGAUCUGACGGCUGGACUUAAUGCCCGUGGGGGUUUCCAAUCUGAGGAGGCCUACUGGGCCUACAUUGGCAGCAGAUUGAAGAUGCUAGUCAGCCGCCUGCCCAUGAAACUCACGAGGGUCUGGCUCGCCGGAGAAAACUCGACGCAUCCAGCCUUCCUUGACACCAUUCGAGAGGCAAUUGAGGGUAGUGGUCAUGGCUAUGUUUUCGGUCAGGGGGGAGUUGACGCCGGGCAACUGCUCGAAAGGAGCGGAGCGAUCAGUCCUACAUUUUCCAGCGCCAGGGGCGCAGCGCAGUACGCAAGAUGGAGGCAACAAGCCCCGCUUGGAUGUUAUGAGAGGCCUGGGUGCAAGGAUGAGCGAAGGGGAGAUGGCCAUGAUAGCCGGGAGAAGAAAAUUGAUUUGAGAUAA